AUCGAUGUGUGAUACACUUCGGUUAACGAACUGAGCCAUCUUCAUGGCGAGUUAAUUACCAUUGAUUGGUGUGCAUGGUCGGCAACUAUCACGGCUAGUCCUGGCUCACAGUGCGUCCGGGACCCGGCAGUGGCACAUCAAUCACGAGAUCAUCAUCAUCAACGCAUGUAAACACAACGGUCCCGCUUUGUUACCGACUCAUUGUGAUUAAAACGGCUCUUGAAACUGUAGCGCCGGAGAAAUGGAAAAACGACAAGUAAUAUAUUUGAAUAAUGGAAUUCUUCCAUACAAAAUUAUGAUCUCUACAUUGCUAAUAUGCUACGGUACUUUUACGUCAGCGACGCCGAAUACAGUCUAUGCAAAUAGAACAAUAAGUGUUCAAAAUGAGACUGCUAUCAGCCAACUGUUCCAUUGGGAGGACUAUAGCGUCCUUGCUACCAUGCUGAUCGUGUCCUGCGCGAUUGGCGUCUUUUACGGCUAUUUUGGAGAAAAACAGACAACCAGUGACGACUUUUUACUCGGAGGUUCCUCAAUGGGCACAUUUCCAAUGGCCUUAAGUCUUGCUGCAAGUUUCAUAACAGCUAUAGAGUUAUUAGGAAACCCAGCAGAGAUGUACAUCGGAGGUGCUCAAUUUUGGAUGAUUUGCGUUUGCUUCAUACUAGUGGCGCCCAUCACAAGCCAACUUUACCUGCCGGUGUUCAUGAGACUGCGUUUGACUUCUUGUUACGAGUACUUGGAAGUGCGGUUCUGCAAGUCAAUCCGCGUGUUCGCGAGCGCCCUGUAUAUGUUACAGAUGAUACUCUACACGGCAGUGGCUGUAUACGCUCCGGCACUUGCGCUCUCUGAUGUGACUGGAUUGAACACCUACCUUGCAGUUACGAUAGUGUACGUCGUGUGCAUAUUUUAUGCCUCACAAGGUGGCAUGAAAGCAGUGAUAAUGACGGACACGUUCCAGUCAGCGGUGCUAAUCGGGUCGCUUGCUGUGGUGCUGGGCAUGGGCGCCGCUCGCGUCGGCGGCAUGGACACCGUCUGGGCUCACGCAAGGGAAUCCAACAGACUGCAUUUCUUCGACAUGAAUCCGGACCCAACAGUGCGGCACUCUUUCUGGUCAGUGGUCGUGGGAGGCACCAUGUAUUGGACAAGCAUGUUCUGUGCCAAUCAAGCCUCGGUGCAGAAAUACCUGUCAGUAGAGCGCAUCUCACAGGCGCGGGUAGCUCUCUGGGUGUCGGCCCUAGGCCUAUUUGUGGUCUACUCCAUCAAUUUCGUCACCGGCGCUGUUCUGGCAACACAUUAUGCUAACUGCGAUCCAAUUCAGGCGCGGCAGAUCAACGGCUCAGACCGGCUCCUGCCGCUGUACGUCGUCCAAGAGCUGGGCGACGCGCGCGGCGUCCCCGGCUUCUUCGUGGCCGGCAUCUUCGCCGCCAGCCUUGGGACCGUAGCCUCAACUUUGAAUUCAUUAGCAGCUAUUGCGUGCCAAGAUCUAGCCACCGGACUUUUAGGAAUACGUCUACCUGAAAACAAGGGAGCGGCGAUUGCCCGAUGGGUAUGCCUCGGGUGCGGCGCGGUGUCGUUCGCGCUGACGUUCGCGGUGGAGCGGCUCGGGCCGGUGUUGCAGCUGGCGCUGUCCUUCAACGGCAUGGCGGGCGGCGUCACGCUCGGGCUGUUCACGCUCGGCAUGUUGUUCCCCUGGGCCAACGCUAAGGGCGCCGUCGCCGGCGGGGUGUUCGGGCUGCUGGUGGUGCUGGCGGCGUGCGGCGGCGCGCAGUUCUCGCAAGUGUCAUCGCACCAUCUGCCGACCUCCGUCGAAGGCUGCCCCGCUUUUUACAACCUCACCGAGGCUUUCGCUGUCAACCCUGCAAACCAACACGAAGAAUCAGUAUUCUGGUUGUUCCGAGUAUCGUACCUUUGGUACUCCGGGCUGGGGUCGAUGGCGACGGUGCUCAUGGGGCUGCUGGUGUCCGCUAUCACGGGCGCCACUGACCCCACGCAGGUGCCAAUAGACCUCAUCUCCCCUCCUGUCAUCACACUGCUCAACAAAUUACCGAAAAAAGCAAAGUCAAUACUGCGUCUCCCGGCGCGACUGGGGUCGGAGCGGCGGCGCAGCUCGAGCGUGCGGCCGCCGAGCAUGGCCGACGACAAGGACACGCGGCGCCGGCGCAGGCUGUCCGAGCUCGCGGGCGGCGUCUUCUACAGCGACGCCGGCCUCGCCUACGGGCACGACAACCUCGCGCUCGCGCACGCAGCUAAAGAGCCGGAGGAUUACAACCCCAACCAUUCCCCUUAAAAUCAUAGAUAACCCCAUUGAUUGAAUUUGCUUCCUUUUUCUAUACGUCAGUCGGAAUGUCGCACAGGAGACCUUCAAUUUUUUAAGUAAAUGGUCAUCCAAUCUCUCUCAUUCACAUUCACAUGAAGAAAGUCGAUAGACCGAUUGUGCUUGUGGAAUGAGAUUUAAGUACAAACUAUAUAGGUAAUCAUACCGUUAAGUUUUAGAAUAUUAGAAUAGAAAAGAAAUCAUUUAUUGUAUUUUAAUCUUUUAAUGAUGUAGCGCCGUAUUAAUUUUUUAAAAGUGAUGUCACUGAUGCCGAUUAGUAGCGUUGUUUGCAUCCAUUUAUACUAACCUGUAAAUUGUCUAUUUGUUGACAUUGUAUAUACAUAUUUAAGUAUGUAGCAUAUAAAGGGUGGUACUGGUAUUCUACCUCUCCAAUUUCUUUGUCCAAUGUGUAUUUGCAUCUCACAUUAUUAUACAUAUUGCUUAAUGAGAGAGUAAGACGCAAUGCACUUAGGAACAAGAAAUUGGACAGGUGGAAUACUAACUGCAUCCUAAUAAGUCUUAUUUGCUGUGUAGAUAGCUAUUUAAAUUAGACCCUAUAUUUAAAUUAAGUAUUCAUUUAUUUUAUCUUUCAACCAAUUAGAAAUACAAACCAAAGUCAGGUGUUCUGGAAGAACUUCUGGACGAAUACAAUUUUUAAUAAACA